CAGCUCCUUCACAUCCAACUCACUUCUCCUUCCAUUGCUUCUCUCUUCUGCCCUCCUUUCUUUCCCCCCCUUCUUUUCACCUCCUGAUCGUGGUUCGCUCCCGUAGUGCCAGUCACCUCUGCCUUUCCAUCGUUCAUUCUACCUUCUUCUACCCCGGUAUCUUAUUUUCCUCCUCCCGUCCACUAGUUCGACACCGCUCUCGUGCGCAGUCCCCGAUCCAUGGAACAGUCGUAGGUUCCUGAAUCCCUGCACCUUUGUCCUCACCACCACCGCCCAUCGGCCGUUCACGACUCCACGACGAAACGAUUUCGCUACUUGUCCAUUACCCAAUCCGCCUUCGAAUCAAUUUUUAUUACAUCUCCCUUGCUCGCGACCGAGACGGCUGGAACUAACAAAGUGGGCUUAGUGGACCACUAAUCCACACAUUUGAUUUCUGCCCGGAAGUACAAAUCCGGCCUACAAAGCACAUGUUGCUUUUCUAUUGAAUCACAUUAUGCCCGCUCAAAUGGACGCCCUGGGGGCCUUCACCCACCUUACGGAAAACAUUCCCUCCUGGAUCGAUCGACUUGCAGAGUUAUCUGCCCACACCGCCGCAAAACACGCAGAAUAUGCCGAGGACUACAGAAGACAUGUUACGGUGAGACCGCGCCGUCGCAAGAACAGCUCGGUCUGCUCCAUUCGAACCGAGGACCUGCGCUCGUCGGCGCCCGAAACGGAAACCCGCCCUCGAUCUUCUGCAGCGGCAACGCAUACCACCGUCACGACGCCUGAUACCUCCCAACACCAAGCCAAUGUGAACCCUCGUAAACGCGGUGCUGAAGAUGCGCCCUCUAUGGACGCCAGGGACAGGAACCCGCUUGUGAGUACGCGCAACAACCUCAUUAUCCACUAUGACGGCCACACACAACACGUUCUGGAAGAAAUGGUGCGCCACAUUGGGACAGCUCGCAACAACAUUCGGAAAGGAAAAAUGUCGCAACUGCCAUUGCCAGGGUACCGCAGCAAGAUGUUGGACAGAGGCGCAAGGAUGAAUAGCUUGGCCCCUUCACUUUCGCCCUCCGAGUCCGGCGAAGACGAUGUGCUAUCUAGCAUCCGCAAAGCCCGCAACCGAGGUCCUCCGGUGCCUCGCGCCCAGGACAUACCCAAAGAGUCUGCAUUUGAUAUGGCGGAGAAGCAGCUGGAACUGGUACACGGAGUGUGUGAGACGGCUGCACACCAGUUUCUCCGAUCUGGAGACUGCUCGGCGGAAUUGACCAGCGUAGAAGGCAAAUUCAAAAGCCUUUUAGACCUGGCUACCAAUGAAGUCCGCCGUCUGAAGGCAGAACAGCCCGAGGAAGCAACAGUCGAGGACGAGACGGCGGCACCCGCAGCCACGACCAUUGAGGUUGACAGGCAAUCUCUGACGAAGAUGGAUACCAUUGAGGUGGAUGAUGAUGCGCAGUCGGCGGAAUCAAUCGACCUGACGGCUUUUCGCGCGAAUCGUCUUCGCCGGAGAUGAGCUAUGGCGACUGACAUACAGCAUAGCGGGCGCACUCCUUUAGCGUGACUGGAUUGAAUUCCCUUCGAUUUUCAUUCUACAUAAGCGACGAUACCACCGGGAUACUCCUUUGUUUUGUUUCCAUCUCCGUCUCUUUCUCAAGCUGCAUUUAUCUAGCCAUUUAUCAUUGAUCAUAUCUCAUCUACAAGCGUGACUGUCAUUAAAGCGCGUGGAGUUGGUUGGGGCAUUUGUUUUGUCUGGACUUUGGUUUCUUUCAUCCCUUCCUUGCUGUUUACCAAAACACACAUCUUUUUGUCUGCAUAGUUGUCAAUGGGUAUAUAAGUUGUUCGACCACAAAUCAUCCACACGAUAUGGA